CUCGAGGACAAAAAGCGGUCUGUUUCUUCCCCCUCUUCCUCUCUUUUCACAUCACAUCUUCAUCGUUACAUCUUCCAUCGAGAGACCUUUUUCGAUCGAUUAUCAUACAACAUGGCUCGUACCAAGCAAACCGCCCGCAAGUCGACCGGUGGUAAAGCCCCGAGGAAGCAGCUCGCCACCAAGGCUGCUCGUAAGUACCCAGAGGCAGCUACCGGUGGUGUCAAGAAGCCCCACAGGUACAAGCCUGGUACCGUCGCCCUCCGUGAAAUCCGGCGUUACCAGAAGUCUACCGAGCUUUUGAUCCGCAAGUUGCCCUUCCAGCGUCUCGUCCGUGAGAUUGCACAGGACUUCAAGACUGACCUUCGUUUCCAGAGUAGCGCCAUUGGAGCUCUUCAGGAGGCUAGUGAGGCAUACCUCGUGUCUCUCUUCGAGGACACUAACCUUGCCGCCAUUCACGCUAAACGUGUUACUAUCCAGCCGAAGGAUCUUCAUCUCGCUCGUCGUCUUCGUGGCGAGAGGACCUAAGCUGUUCUGCGACCAAUGCCCUGCUUCUGCAGCAUUCUCGCUGUGUGAAUGAAAAUCAGAUUAUCAGUCUGGGAGAAAUUUCGUACUUGCGCUACCUCGUAGUUGCCUUUUUUCAGCUUUCGUUGUUAAAUGUACCCGAGCCACUUAUUGGCCCGAGAUGAAUGAGUUUCAAUCGUUAUUGA